AUGGAGUUGCAAUCGAAUGAAUCUGCUGAUUCACAAUACACUUAUGAGAUAAAAGGAUCAAGUGUGGACACCUUACAAAAGCUCAGAAUUGGUGUCGGUGAAAUGGAGAACAACGAGCGGUUCUACAUCAAAAAGAUGCGACUGGUAAACCAGACAACGAAGACUGUUCUCCGAUUCCCGAGUGUAGACACUGAAUUUGAAAGUAAUCAAGUGUACGAGUUUUCGCCCGUCUAUCCAGACGUCCAACCUGCUUUGAAUAUCCUCUACACGGUCACUCUAAUGACGACCGCCAGUACUGGUACCUUCCGACCUUCGAUAAACAUCAUCGGUGAAGAAGGAGACAGUGGUAUGCGAAAGUUCUACGACAACAUCCCGUACGCAGAAGGCUCUAAACACAGCUUCGACGCCGAUGCUGUCAAUCUAGGUCCACUGCAAGAUGUAGAGGUGCUCAUUGAAGGAGAUGAGGUAAGACUUUGCCUUCAUUCAAAUUGGUUUCAUACUCAGCGGCCCAACCGCCGGCUCCUGCAAAGCAUGUAUAUUGAUUUUUUCGAGCGCUCUGACCCACUAGGGGUAACGGAACUUCUCCCCUAUCGCGGCAUUCUCCCUUGCGGCAUGCGGCAAAUGUCACUGCAACUACCGCACUCACCCCGCUUCCCCGCCAAUCGAUAG